AUUUCCAUUUAUAGUAAGUUCGAUCAUCAAAUAUAUAGUGAGAUAUAUAGAGAGAAAGAAGCGAUAAUAAUGGAUAUGAAAACAGUUGAAGAAGAGUUGAAAAGGGGUUGGGAAGCAACUAGUCAACUUCGAGCCUUACUUUUUCCACCACAAUUAGAAUGUGGUAUUGAGAGUAGCAAUCGAGAGCUAAAUCGAUACUAUGACAAUGAAUUGAUCAUACCUUUUUUGGAAAGUCAAUAUACGACUAUUAUCAACUCGUUUAACACCUCCAUUUCUAUUUUGAAACAAUUUUCCGAGUCUUCAAAACCCUCGAUUAACCACAAAAUUAACAGAUGUAGAAAAAGCAGGACGAUUGAAACCCCUAAUCUUGCACCUGAUGGCUACGCAUGGAGAAAGUAUGGGCAGAAGCCAAUUUUAAACUCAAAGCACCCAAGGGAAUACUACAGGUGCGCAUACAGAGAAGAUCAGAAUUGUCAAGCAACCAAACAUGUCCAAAAGAUAUCAAACAAUCCAACAAAAUACAGGAUUAUUCACUAUGCUUGCCAUACUUGCCACCCUCUCUUAAACAACAACAACAACAACAACAACAAUAUUAUCCCUGAGAUAAACAUGUUGGAUUCUUCUGAAAAAGAUGUUACCAACUUGAUAAGCUUUGAGUCAAAAAAACCUACACAAAACCUUAAUUCUGAUGCCCUAAUUUCAUCAUCUUUUUCAACUAAUGUACACCUACAGCGUAAUGGUGAUCAAUUUGCUUCAUUGAAGACCCCAAACCCAUCAAUAGGGGAUGAUUUUACUAUUGAUUGUGUCAAUCAGCAGCCAAAUUACAUGGAUAUGGCUAGUUCAUAUGUGGAUGUAGAGGGGUGCACUAACAAUCAGUUUUGUGAUUUUGAUGAUUCAUUGAAUUUGCAACACUUGCAAUUUUCGGAAAUGAAUCAUGUUUAUAAGUGGGAGUAAAUUAAAUUAAAUAAACCAACUUCGAUUUGCAUUGCAUGAGGAAAUUAAAGAGUGUUACUUGUUGUACUUGGUUUUUAUAUUUUAUUAUUAUUAUUGGCCUUUGAUCCAAAUAAGUACUUGUAGAUCAUGAGCAUGGUGUAAUUUAAUUUGUUUACAUUUUUCCAAUAUCAAUGUCUGGAAUCUGGAUGAAAUAAAACUACCGAUUGCAAUAUAAUAUAAUGUUAUAUCCA